AUGGAAACGUAUAUCGAUGGUAGCGAGGUUGCAGUCUGUCUCACUUCCGUAGACACCUUUUGGCCCGCAUUCUUUUUCAUUUUCAGCAUAACCAUCUUCUUUUUUCUCCCGUUGCUGAUUCUGAUCGUGCUGUAUUCCGUCAUUGCGAAGCAUUUAAUGGAAAAUCCGGGAAUUAUUUCGCAAGGACAUCGCAACAACGUCUUGAAAUACCGGAAACAAGUGAUUUUCAUGCUUGGAGCUGUCGUUUUGAGUUUCUUCCUGUGUCUCCUGCCAUUUCGGGCACUGACUUUGUGGAUAAUUGUCGUUCCGCCGCAGACAAUUUUGGAAGUUGGCUUGGAAGGAUACUACAAUUUGUUGUAUUUUUCGCGAAUUAUGCACUAUUUGAACUCGGCGAUGAACCCAAUUUUGUAUAAUUUGAUGUCCAGCAAGUUUCGGGAGGGAUUUUUACGGUUGUUGGGAUGCAAAUCGAUGGUUCGUCACAAACUGACGGCAAGCACGAGGAAAGGAACGUUCCAUACAACGUCAACGAAUCUCAGUUCGAGCAGCAAUAGCGAAAAAAGACGCGAAUUGCGACGAGCCAGUGUCAGUAAUCGACGCAGUAUGGAUGAAUCGACGACUUCGACAAGCAGCGAGGCGACAAAUAACGGCAGAAAACUCAGUUUUGAAGAAGCUUCGGGAAAUGUCUUGAAAUGUGCACGAGCCAUCCUCAUCCAAAAUAACGUAAUUGAAGAAUUAGACGAAACUGCGACGCCUCAACAGGAAAACGCUCCGUCUUCAUAUCAAAAUAACUCGGAAGAAAACGAAAAUUUACUUGAAAAAUCUGAAAAAAUAGAAAAAAAUGAAGAUGAUGAGGAACAAUCUUUGGUUGAACCAAAUAUCGUGAGGAUUUUAGAAGCAACUGACACAAAUACUCCCGAUUUUCCCGAAAUUGACUUGGAAAAUCUGAAAAAUGCGAAAGAAAGUUUAGUUUAA